GGUUUGUACACCAUGGAUCCUGGGCCGGUUAGUGAUGAGGUCUUAUAUGACCAGGCUCAGCAUCGUUCACAUAUUAUAUCCUGUACAGAGAGAGGUCCGAGUAUCGUUAUGGUUGAUCAUAGCCUCAGCCAUAGCCGUUGGCGGUUAGAGGAUGAGCGUAUCAUAGCAGCUGUGGGACGGGCCGGCUUCUUGACUUGUUCAAAGCUUCGUUGGAUAAAGCUCGAUUGGCCCCUACUGAUUGCGUUGAUGGAUAGAUGGAGACCUGAGACCAAUACUUUCCACUUCCGAAUGGGUGAGGCUACCAUUACUCUACAAGAUGUAUCCGUGAUACUCGGUCUCCGUAUAGAUGGUCCGUGCAUUACCGGCACUGAUAGUGAUGUAUGGCCUCGAAGAUGUGAGGAGUUGUUAGGUGUAGCUCCAGAGACUAUGCCUAGAGGAACUAUUAAGUUGAAGUGGUUGAGAGAGACCUUCUCAGUACCGUUGCCUGUUGAUGCCCCACAAAUUUUGGUUGACCAACAUGCACGUGCAUACAUUAUGCACAUGAUUGGUACUAUAUUAUUUCCAGAUUCAAGUAAAGAUAAAGUGCAUGCGAGGUGGUUACCACUCCUCGAGGACUUGGACGUAUGUGGUACAAAAUCGUGGGGUAGUGCUGUUUUGGCGUAUUUAUAUAGAGAGAUGUCAAAAGUGGCACUUAUGCAAAACAGUGAGCUUAAAGGGUGUCUAAGCUUAUUGCAAGUAUGGGCAUGGGAGAGACUUCAUUUGAAGCCGAGACUAUGCACGCAUUUACAAUUAGAUGGACAAAUUCCACUGGGAUGCAGAUGGAAUGUCGAAAAAUGCUAUGACGAGACCCCGGCUAGACAAUUGGAUUUCUACCGGAAUGAGCUUGACCGUAUGAAGAUUUUUCAGAUGGAAUGGGAAAUACCAAGUUGUAUGGAGAGCUAG